UCUCUUACUUCCUCAUUGCCUGAAGAUUGGAUUAAGCCCAGCAACGGACAAGAAGAAAAACUAGUCAAUCUUUUGCCGAAGAAGAAGUGUUAACACCUGUUGUCGAGUACAAAGGUUAAAGCGGAACAAGGUGUUGUUAUGCUGCUGCAUUACUCCUUGCCCAUGUAGGUCAGUGCUGUAAUCCACACAAACAAGCUUGCUGCACGGGCUAGAAUUCCCCGAAGGAAAUAAAGAUGCAUAUGAUAAUUCUACUUUUGAUGAUGUGCGGAAGUGUGUAUGCCGAUUGUGUGAACAAGGAAUGUUCGUUGGUUAAUUCAAACCUUACAGAAAUCCCUAAAAACUUAUCAGUAGAUAUUAUAAAACUCAACUUGGCUGAAAACACGAUUAGCUCAGAUGAAUUAAGUAAAGAUCUACAACGUUACCCUAAUCUUACAGAACUGAAUCUAAGUAACAACAUCAUUAAAAGCCUCCCAAACGACACGUUUUCUGGACUUACCAAACUUGAAGUUUUAAUCCUCAAAGACAAUCUUAUUAUUGCCGUUGAAGAAUUUUCCCUUAAAGGACUAGAAAGCUUGAAGAUUUUGGAUCUCAGCGACAAUCAAAUUAUAGAGCUACCUACAAAUAUUCUGCCAUUUAAGCAGCUAGAAAAAUUAAACCUUGAAAACAACAAAAUGACAAACUUGGAUAUUAAAGAUGCACUAAAAGACUUGAAAACACCUCUAAAUAUAACACUACAUGGAAACCCAUGGGAUUGUGGCUGCUCCCUUAUAAAUCUGUCAAAGUGGUUAACUAGCAGCACAGUAAUUCUAGAAAAUGAGGACAUCACCAAGUGUGCUACACCAGAGAACAUGAAAAAUUACACGAUAAAAGCAAUCUUGUCUUCCCCAGACAUGCAUAAGUGCAAUGACAGUGGAAACUCAAGCAGCACUACAGCGACUACUUUCUCUGAAAGUCCUACAACUGCUCUUCAGCCUACUGUGAGCAACGGAAAUUCUAGUACUGUAAUCAAUGGAACCAUCACUGCACCUACUACAGGAAACAGUUGGAGAUUCCUUGUAGGAGUGAUAUGUGUUGGGAUUGUCACCAUAUUACUGAUAAUAGCUGCAGUCAAGUUCCCCAGAUGGUACGACUUCUUGCUAAGUUACAAUCACCAUCGUCUGAAGGAAGAAGAACCCUACAUGUUUGAGGAAGAAUUCAACGUAGACUUUGGCAUGAGCACAAAUGAUAAACGCCAAGAUGAAGAAGAAACGGUGGUGGUCUUCGAACAAAUGCACUCCUUUGUGCCCGAAGAAGAUGGAUUUAUAGAGGACAAAUACAUUGAUGAAAAGGAUAUGAGACUAGAGUUGAGUUAAAAUGAGAUCAUACACUACAGGGAUUUUGUACAUACAUGACAAAUGCUUCCUUGUCAAGAAGUAUAUAUAUAAAAAAAACAGAUUUUAAUAUAUUGUUAUCCCACAGAUAAAUAUGGUUAUUUGCUCUGGUCUAUGGCCUAAUGGCUCCCUGGGAGUUUAUUAUCCAUCAGCCAUUUUUCCUGCUUUAAUACAAUUAUACUUUCUUUUAUAUAAACUGAGAACAAGACCUUUGA